AUGGACCCCCGCACAAGCACCAGCACCUUCAAGAGCUCCACCGUCCGUGACAGCUCGAGCAGCUUCAAAAACCUCAGCCUCCUCGACAGCGCCAGCAGUCUCAAAACCUCCAGCACCCUCCGCCCGGACACCAGCUCCAGCUCCCGACCCCCGACCUACACGUCUGCCGAGUCCCCUCCACCCUCCUUCGUAACCGCCUCCACAACCUCCACGGGCCGCCUCCGCCUCGCCAUCAGCGUCACGACCUCGAUCGCGCGCUCCAGCUCCCCUGCGCCCACAUCUGCAGGCGGCGCGGCGGGGUUCCUGGAGCCGGGGCAGGAGGACCCGGAUGCGACGACUAGGACAGAUGUCUCCGGCGGUGGAGCCAGAGGUGCAGAGAGAGCGCCGUUAUACCAGCUCUCCGCACCGCUAGCCUCACACCCGCAGAGCCUGACGCUGAGCGCCUACCACACGCCGCAGGCGCUCAAGCCCCAGAACCUCUAUGCUGAGAGCAGCGCGGGAAAGACACCCAGGACCGCGGCGCUGUACACGAUCAUCCCCCUGCCGACUGCACUCAAGGGGCAGAACCAGGUCAACAAGGUGACGAUACGGCCGUCGGAGCGGGAUGGGAAUGUGCUGGGGCUCAGGGGGACGGGGCUUGUUAGUCUGGGGCUCUCGCUGCGGGGCUUUACGGCGAAGGUGGAGUUUGGGGGAAAGGAGGCGCUGGUAUUCAAGGCUGGGAGGUGGAAGGUGGAUGGGCGGGUUGUUGCGGAGUCGGAGGCGCUGAAGGGUUUGGGUGCAAAGCGGAUGGCGGAGUUGGAGUUCGUGGAGGACGUUGAAGAAGCGGUCAGGGAUCUGGUUGUUGCGGCUUGGGUCGCUGUGGCUUGGAUGAGGGUCAUGGUGCCGAAGCUUGGUGGUGGUCGCGCGACAGGGCAGGUGUGA